AUGCCGGUGACCAGACCCAAAAAGAAGGCCACCAAGCCUCCCCGAAGGCCAAAUAUUCGAUGGGACACACACAAACGCCAGGUUCUAUGCUGUUUGUAUCGCUUCUUUCGCCGUGAGCCCAAAGUAUGGGAAGAAGUGUUUUCCCACAUAUUCAUGUCCCACUUGAUCGAGCGUGGUAUCGCUGGGUUUGUUCCAUUCCAGACACUCAAUAUCCAAUGGACUCACAUGAGAGACCAUGGAGAUACUGACUGGCACCACGUCCACAUUGCCACUGAGUUCAACAAAGGUGGAGAAUGGAAGGAUAUCAUCGCGAGGAUCAAAUCCGCAGCCAGAUCUCUAAGGCUUCAAAUUCGAGAGAAAGAUGAAGACUCUGUGGAUACAUCUCGCUGGAAACCCCCGGGACUUCUAGCCCUGCGCACCGAACAAGCGCCCCCGCUUGCGGCGCCCAUGAGUUCACCCGCUAUCAUCGUCCCAGCUCCGUUCACCAACCAGGUCAAGGCGUUUACAUUUCAUGAGACCGAGGAACAGGAACAAGGCUCUCGGUUGACCCAAGUCGAAAAUGACAAUGAGCCUAUCGAAAUUUCCAGUGACGAUGAAUCCGAAGAAGAUAGCCAGUCCGCGAGCGAUCAUCCGGUAGUUAAUAGCCAUGAGAAGGUUUGCAUUUGGUGUGAGCAAGGGGGACCCUUGAUCAACGAGCCAGGUGAAGGCCUCGGAUUUUCACAAGCCCAUUCCCGUGAUCAACAAAUACGCAACAGCAAUCAGUCAGCUCACAGUGAUUACUAUUCGGAUCACCAAGAUCAGUACCGGGAGUACGAGAACCAGAUUGAAAUAUCCGAUGAUGGCCAGAGUCAGGAGUGGGAUUACAGGCAUCACUUUAUCCAACACCAGAUCAGGGAGCAAGAGUCCGCGAUUUUGGAUUCAGAAAUCGAGAACAGUGUUACGAGUACGCAAAACGCAUUGCAAAGCGAAUGGAUAUUUGAGGAUGACGUUCCUGACACUCCAACUCCAUGUCAGCGGAAAGAUCCCCGAGUACAUGAACGAGAACAAAACAUCCAUGGGGAUCAUAUUGACCUCGCUGAAGAUCGUCAGAUUCAACUCUUUUUUCCUGAUGGAUCAUGGAAGAAUGGCCAUGUGGACAUGUAA